UUAUAAACAUAGGAUCCAUAAAGAAAUGAAGUGAAGAGCUACGUACACGACGAAAUCCCAAAGCAAUGCUGUAAACAGAAACUUAGCAACAUGGUACUGCUUGAAAAUGAAGCUUUUCUCACUGAGCUGACAAGGCUUUUUCAAAAAUCUAGAAGUGCUGGAUCGAUAUAUAUAACAAUGAAAAGAUAUGAUGGUAGAACAAAACCUAAACCACGGCCAUCAAAAUUAGCUACAAAUCCAUUACCACCUGUAUCUGAAUAUAAAUGUUUAAUUCGAGCUCAUCUGGGAAAUAAAAAACUUAGUACUGUAGUUAAUGCAAAAGAUGUGAACAAAUUUCAAUUAGCUUAUGCUAAUUUAUUGAAAGGAAAUAUGGAUGGAUUAAAGAAAAAAGACAAGAAAAAAGUAGGAACAUCUACUAAAGCCACUCAAUAACCUAUAUAUAAUUGUGUUCUCAUUUCCUGUAAUAAAUGGACCUAUUAAAAA